AUGGCGUCCCGGGCGUUGCGAGAGGCUCGUCGCCAGUGCCGGGAAAAGGGCGGCGGGCCAGCAAUCUACCCGACGCAGAUUGGGGACCCGCAAGCCGAGCAGAGGGAGAUGACGUGCCAAGGCUCCAAGCCAGAGAACUGGUGGCGGGCUGCACAGUAG